ACUUCCGCUUUAAGUCCCGCCCUGCCCCGCUCAGACAAAAUGUUGUUGCGGUGUCUCGUCUCGUGAUUCCGCCGCUGUCCAUCGACAUGUUCGCUUCUCUGAGCGUCGCCGCUCUCACGCUGCUCCUCGGGGUUUGCUCAGCGCUCCAGGACGACGUCGUCCUGACGGAGGAACAGCCCGUCUUCGAGCCUUCGAAGUACGGCUCCCUGUGGCCUCUGCCGCAGAAAGUGCAGAUCUCGGAGGUUCCAUUCAAGCUGAUCGGCUCUAGCUUCAGAUUUGUCGACGCCAAAGGUUCAUCCGCCGGCCCGAGCUGCAGCGUCCUGCAGGAUGCCUACAGGAGGUACUACGAGUACUUGUUUGGCAGCUUUAAGAGUCAGGGGCAGGGCAAAGGCAGGAAGCCAGGCAGCUCCGAGCUGACAGAGCUGCAGGUGUGGAUCACAUCACCUGACUCUGACUGUGACGGUUACCCCAGUGUCACAUCGGAUGAGUCAUAUGAGCUGACUGUGGAUCAGCCCUUUGCUGUCCUGAAAGCACCAAAGGUCUGGGGAGCCCUGCACGGUCUGGAAACUUUCAGCCAGUUGAUGUAUGAAGAUGAAUAUGGAGCCAAAAGCAUCAAUGCCACAACAGUCAGUGACUUCCCCAGAUUUGCACACAGAGGAAUCUUGCUCGACAGCUCUCGGCAUUUCCUGCCCGUCAAAGUCAUCUUGGUUAAUCUGGAAGUAAUGGCGAUGAACAAAUUUAAUGUCUUCCACUGGCACAUUGUGGAUGAACAAGCCUUCCCUUACAUGAGCCAGACAUUCCCACAACUGAGCGAGAAGGGAGCUUACCACCCAUACACUCAUGUGUAUACACCUGCUGAUGUGAAGAUGGUGAUUGAGUUUGCCCGCAUGAGAGGCAUUCGCGUCAUCCCGGAGUUUGAUACCCCAGGACACACACAGUCAUGGGGCAAAGGCCAAGCCGAUCUGCUCACACCCUGUUACUCUGGCGACAAACCCUCGGGAACCUUCGGACCGGUAAACCCCAUCCUGAACACUACGUAUGACUUCAUGAAGCAGUUCUUCGGGGAGAUAAGCUCCGUGUUCCCCGAUGCCCACAUUCACCUCGGGGGUGAUGAGGUGGACUUCAGCUGCUGGAAGUCCAACCCAGACAUUAAGAAGUUCAUGGAUCAGCAAGGCUUCGGAGAUGACUACAGAAAACUGGAAUCAUUCUACAUCCAAAAACUCCUAGAUAUCGUCGCAGGAACCAAAAAGGGCUACACAAUCUGGCAGGAGGUCUUCGACAAUGGCGUUAAGCUGAAACCAGACACACAAAUCCACGUUUGGAAAGGGACCCAGCAGCAAUACCAGGAUGAGAUGGCACAUGUUACUUCAUCAGGGUACCAGACCCUGCUGUCUACUCCCUGGUACCUGAACCGUAUCUCCUACGGACAGGACUGGCUGGCCGCUUACAAGGCUGACCCGCAGGAUUUCAAGGGAACCGAGGCGCAGAAGAAACUUGUGAUGGGUGGAGAAGCUUGUUUGUGGGGUGAAUAUGUGGAUGCCACCAACCUGACACCCAGACUCUGGCCUCGUGCCAGUGCAGUGGCAGAGCGGCUGUGGAGCGCCAAGAAUGUGACAGACAUCAACGAUGCCUACAACAGACUGUCCAUGCACCGCUGUAGGAUGGUGGAGCGCGGGAUCCCAGCUGAGCCGUUGUUUUCCAGCUACUGUCGCCGUGAGUACAGAGGUAUCUGACGGGAGGUGAACAGCUGGCCACGGGGACGGAAAAGGGAAAAAUGAAUCAAAUCCAAACGCAAUCAUGCCUGAAUUGAAAACUGAUAUACAGAAAAUACAGAACAUGUUUUUGUGGAGAGAUGACAUCGAAACAUUGAGACACAUUGCCUUUCCAAUCUGCUUUACAGAGCUCUCGAUCAACAUCUAAUAUUAUCAAACAACUGGAUCAGUAACUACAUUCUUUGGUUUUUUUAAUGAAUGAUUGUAUAAUUGAUUGUGAAUAAAAUUUUGAGAUUUUAA